AUGUCUAAUCCAGAUAGGGUUCAUGAGGCUAAUUUCGCGUGUGGAGAAGGCCUUUUCGAGGAGCAAGGCACUGGAGUGAGUGAAGAGGGCUCGGACAUUAGUGCUGAGAGCGAAGGCGGCAUUGUUCUUGUCGUCGAGCGAAGGGACGGACGACGGAGUAAUGCCAAGCAUGUCGCGGGCGUUGUCGGAGUAACCGAGGAUGCGAAAGGGGGGCUCGUCAAUGGCGAUCAUGGAGCCAAAGGGCUAGAUGAAGCCGCUGCGCUGGAUUUUGACAAGGUAAGCCAUUAUUUGCUGCUCGGGGACGGAGUAGUUGAAGGACCUCCCGAACUCACUGGACUGCUCGAAGACAAUGUGGAGCCGCGUGUCCUCCAUGUACUGCGCGAUGGGCUUGCUCCCGAACUCUCUCUUUCUAUAAAGCAAAUUGGAAAAAUAAAGAAAGAAGCGUUUCUUUCUACAAUUAUUAGCUUUAUAAUAUUUCUUCACUGCCCACAGUUAUUGUCCUCGCAAUACGCUUCUGCAAUUGCAAUGGCUUCUUCUUCAUCUCAUGCGAUCAUCACUAAAUAUGAUGUGUUUGUCAGCUUCCGCGGUGAAGACACGCGCAACAACUUCAGUGCUUUUCUCUUUGAGGCUCUCUUUGAAAAUGGCAUCCAUGCCUUCAAAGAUGAUACACAUCUUCAGAAAGGCGAAUCCAUAGCACCCGAGCUGCUACAGGCCAUUCAAGGGUCUCGCCUUUUCCUUGUGGUCUUCUCUAAGAACUAUGCUUCCUCAACUUGGUGCUUGCGUGAACUUGCACACAUCUGCAACUGCACUAUUAAAGCAUCCCUGAGUCGUGUUCUUCCAAUUUUUUAUGAUGUCGAUCCAUCAGAGGUGCGGAAACAGAGUGGUUAUUAUGGGAUAGCCUUUGCAGAACACGAACGAAGAUUCAGAGGAGAUAAAGAGAAGAUGGAGGAAGUGCAGAGAUGGAGAGAAGCUCUGACACAAGUGACCAACCUCUCUGGCUGGGAUAUCCGACAUAGGUCACAACCUGCAAUGAUUAAAGAAAUUGUUCAAAAAAUAAAAAAUAUAUUGGGUCCCAAAUUUCAAAAUCUUCCAAAUGAUAAUCUAGUUGGGAUGGAACCCCGUGUCAAAGAAUUGGAAAAGUGUCUAGCAUUGGAGUCGGAGUCGGUUAGUGAAAUUCGAGUUGUCGGAAUUAGUGGAAUGGGGGGAAUAGGAAAAACGACUCUUGCCAUUGCUUUAUACAAAAAGAUUGCUCAUCAAUAUGAUGUUCAUUGUUUUGUUGAUGUUGAGAACAGUUAUAGAGGACAAUCCAGUUCACUAGGUGUACAAAAAGAUUUACUUGAACAGUGUUUAAAUGGCGAAAAUCUACAGAUUUGGGGUGUUUUUAGGGGAACAUAUAUGUCAUCAUCUAGACUACACAAUAAACGAGGACUUAUAGUUCUUGAUAAUGUUAGUCAGGAUGAACAACUAUGUAUGUUUACACUAUUACUUGAAUGUCUUGGUGAAAGGAGCACAAUCAUCAUAAUUUCUAGGAAUGAACACAUCUUAAGGACACUUGGAGUACAUCAUGUUUACCAAGUCCAACCAUUGAACGAAGACAAUGCUAUUCAUUUAUUUUUCAAAAAUGCUUAUGGCAAAAAUGCUUUCACAUGUGACCAUAUUCUCACUACGUGGCGUACAGUUUUGGCACGUGAAAUAGUAUCAUAUGUUCAAGGCCAUCCCUUAGCAAUUGAAGUAGUAGGCAAAUCUUUGGUAGGUGGAGAUCUUGUGCAGGGUAUAGUUACAUUAAGUAAGCUAAGUAAAAAUAAAAGUAAGAAUAUCAUGGAUGUGUUGCGAAUAAUUUAUGAUGAUCUGGAAGAAAAAGACAAGGCAAUAUUUUUACAUAUUGCUUGCUUCUUCGGUCAGAAUUAUUCUGAGCAUUAUGUGAAGGAAAUCCUAGGAUUUCGUGGAUUUAAUCCUGAAAUUGAUCACCUCCAAAUUCUUGUUGAUAAAUCACUCAUAACCAUUAGUGGUGGGAUGAUUUUUAUGCCUAGCUUGCUGAGAGAUUUAGGCAAAUGUAUUAGAGAAAAAUCACCUAAAGAGCCAAGAAGGUGGAGUAGAUUUAGGGAUUGGAAAGUUGAUGCUAUAUCAAAAUUGAAAAACCUUGACUUGCUUAUGCAAGAGAAGUUUGACAAGGUGGAGAAGGAGUUUGACUUAUACGUGGAUCGUUCUUGGAGUAACAUCAAAGAUUCAUUGAACAACUUAUGGGACAACUUGUAAAUUUUUAUGUUUUUCCUAUUUUCAUUUUCUUUAAAUGAAUGUACCAAUAGACAAAUUAUCUUUGAUUAUUCCAUUCCUGUUUAAAUAAUUAAUAAUUAUGGUCCAAGUGUUGUUUUUAA